AUGCUCUCUCUAAGAGACGGGAAUGGCGGAGUAUGGCAGUAUCCUCACCCCGGCGGCGCUUGGCCUGAACGCCGGACACUCGCCCGGACCCAAAGUGGAAGCUUUCGCCGAUGCGCUGCAGAGGGCGCGGCAGAUUGCUGCUAAAAUAGAUGCUGGGACACAUCUGAACAAUUCCACUCCUGUGGUAGAUCCUGCAGUCUAUGGCUAUGGGACUCAGAAACGGACACUCGAUGACGGGGUAGUGAACCAGCUUGGGGGAAUGGUGCAUCAAAGGACUAUAAUGUCUGAAGAGUACAAAGUGCCUGAUAAGAUGGUUGGAUUCAUAAUUGGCAGGGGAGGAGAACAGAUAUCUCGAAUACAGAUGGAAUCUGGCUGCAAAAUUCAGAUUGCGCCUGAUAGUGGAGGUCUCCCAGAAAGGUCCUGCACAUUGACAGGCUCCCCAGAGAGCAUAGAAGAAGCAAAAAGACUCCUAGGGCAGAUUGUGGAUCGGUGUCGGAACGGACCUGGCUUUCACAAUGACAUUGAUAGUUCCAACAGCGCUAUACAGGAAAUCCAAAUCCCAGCCAGCAAAGUGGGUCUUGUCAUUGGCAAAGGAGGGGAAACCAUUAAACAAUUGCAGGAAAGAACUGGUGUAAAAAUGAUAAUGAUUCAGGAUGGACCACUUCCCACAGGUGCAGACAAACCACUGAGGAUUACAGGAGAUCCUUACAAAGUACAGCAAGCAAAAGAGAUGGUCUUGGAAAUAAUCAGAGAUAAAGAUCAAGGUGACUUCAGGCGGAAUGAAUAUGGUUCCAGAAUGGGAGGAAAUAGUGUAGAUGUUGCUGUACCUAGAUUUGCUGUUGGUAUUGUAAUAGGAAGAAAUGGUGAAAUGAUAAAAAAGAUUCAAAAUGAUGCUGGUGUUAGGAUUCAGUUUAAGCCAGAUGAUGGUAUAAUGCCAGACAGAAUUGCUCAGGUGAUGGGACCUCCAGAUAGGUGUCAACAUGCUUCUCAUAUGAUUAAUGAACUUAUUCACACUGCGCAGGAAAGAGAUGGUCAAUCUGGCUUUGGCGGUCCAGGAAGAGGACGGGGUAGGGGUCGUAGUGACUGGAAUAUGGGACCUCCAGGUGGCAUGCAGGAGAUAACAUAUACAAUACCCGCUGAUAAAUGUGGCUUAGUUAUUGGAAGAGGUGGAGAGACGAUCAAAAGCAUUAACCAGCAAACAGGAGCGCAUGUAGAACUACAGAGAAACCCCCCACCAAAUUCUGAUCCUAAUAUCCGAAUAUUCAUCAUCCGUGGAGCUCUACAACAGAUCGAGCAUGCUAGACAAUUAAUAGAAGAAAAAAUCAAUGGGGGUCCAGGACCUGGUGGCCCUGGAGGAUUUAACACAAGCCCUUAUAGUCAAGGACCACCUGGACACCAUCAAAAUGGUCCUCCACAAGCCUUUAUGACACAGGGAUGGGGAAGUACGUAUCAACCUUGGCAGCAGCAAGGACAGCAGGAUCCAAGUAAAGCUGCACAGCAUUUGGGUACAGCAGCCUGGUCAGCCUACAUCUCCCAGUUUUACCAGCAGCCUAGCCAGCAACAGCAAGCAACAAUGGGGCAGAACUCGCAACAAAAUUCAGAUCAGAAUGGUGGCCAAACUGGUCAGAUGGAUUAUUCCAAAGCCUGGGAGGAUUACUACAAAAUACUUGCUCAGGCCACAGGAACUGCCCCAGGAACUCCACAGCAGAGCUCACAACCAGAUUACAGUGCAGCCUGGGCAGAGUAUUACCGACAGCAAGCAGCGUACUAUGGACAGGCCACACAGCAAGGGCAGGCCCCUGGUCAUCAGGAUCAAUAAUUUGACGUCCUUGUGGUGAGAUUUGAAUCAUUGAGUGUGGAGCCUUUUUUAAUAAAAGGUUGAAAAGAUUUAUGACGCCUUGAAGAAGAAAAACUUAUACUUUUGUUUCUGAACACUAGAAGAAAAAAAAUACUUAUUACGAUAACUUUCUAGAUUUACCAUUAAUGGAAUAAUAGUGAAGUUGAGGGGUGCAGAUGUUGUGGAUUGAACACUCGGGGACCCUUAGACCAACACCAUGGUUUGGACAGGCUAAAAUGCGAAUGGUGGUUUGUUCUGUUUUUUUUUUAAUUUUUUUUUUAAAAAGGUUACUCCCCUACAUCAGCAGCACUACAGGAUAAGUUUUUAAAGUAUAAUAGUAGUGUGGAUGUGGGGGUUCAAAGACGGUGCAUUGUUGAACUGUAUACAUCCCAACGAUAGAUGGGUAGGAAUACUGGUGCUGGUACUGCAUAUCCUGAGACUUGGCAGUGGCAACGUACAAGUCCCAGGUAUCGGUCUGGAGUUUUGUACAGUACAGACCGAAAGGUACUAACGACCACGGUAUAUAUAUAAUAUAUAUUAUAUAUAUAUAUAUAUAAAAUAUGUCUCACUUUUGUGAAACUGUGCCUCCAUCCCUAUGUGAGUGGGCACUAAAUACAAAACUGUGUUGGACUGGUAAAUUUUUGUACUGGUCCAUUAAUUCUACUGUGUGGGGAGGGAGGGGGAAAGAAGAAAAAAGAAGUUAGCACAACAGAAACUUCUUUUUAUAAGGAGUUGAAAAUGAGAACUGUGAAUAAUAAUUUAAUACUUUUUUCCAAAAUACAUGUUUUACGUAGGUGACUGUCGGCAAAGAUGAGGAUUUAAAAAAUGUAUUUAAAAAAAAAAACAAAAAAAACGAAUCUAGGCACAUUUUGUAAUUGAUGAAUGAAAAUUGAACAACAGCAGGGUGCACAUCUGUACGUGGAUGUAAUGGAAGAACACUACCGUUCGCACUGUAGUCUGCCUGCCACCCCCACUUUCCCC